AUGAAGUGGAUGCAGCUCAUCGCCAUUGCCGGUGCGGCUGUGGCAGAAGUCCCGAGCGAUUGUCCUGCCUACGACAAUUACGCGGCCCUGCGACACCCUCCGUACUCCUCCGGCAGAUGGAAGUAUCCAUAUCAGCGCCCCGAAGCGAGAUGUCGAUCCUAUGUCGUCCCAGAGGUGGAGCAGACCUUGAGGGAAGCAGAGACCAUGAUCAAAGACAGGGACUUGUACAGGUUGUUUCUGAAUACUUGGCCGAACACCGUGGAUACCACGAUUCUGUGGCAUGGCAAAGCGUUGGAUAAUGCCGACGAAGAGCUUGCCUUUGUAACAACUGGCGACAUCCACGCCAUGUGGCUUCGUGACAGCGCCAACCAGCUACAGUCUUACAAGCCAAUCCUCAACAUCACUUCUCGCAACGCCACCAACAACAUCGCCAGUCUGUACCGCGGUACCAUCAACCUUCAAUCACGAUAUAUUCGCAAAUUCCCCUACUGCAAUGCUUUCCAACCACCCCCCGACUCGAAACUUCCACUCGUCAACCAUAAGCGUGGCUUGCUCGCCAAGCGUGGUGACACGGUCAACCCACCAUACGACCCCGGUGUUGUGUGGGAGUGCAAGUAUGAACUCGAUUCUCUUUCAGCUUUCCUUCAACUAUCAUGGGACUAUUAUGAUGUCACCAGUGAUGCCGAGUUUUUUGGUAAAUACGGUUGGGCGGAUGCCGUCAAAACCAUUCUCAAGCUGGCGAAUGACAUGAUGACGGGUACUUACACCGAGGAUGGGCACGUCAACAAGUCGCCGUAUACAUGGCUCCGUGAUUCGAAUAGUGCCACAGAAACGGUGACAAACGGGGGCAACGGAAACCCAGUUGCCGGCAACAUUGGCCUUGUGCGCAGCUUCUUUCGACCGUCGGACGAUUCCACCAUCUAUCAGUACUUUAUACCGGCCAACAUGAUGUUUUCACGCUUUCUAACUGCGUGUGCCGAGAUCAUGCAUACGAUAGACAUAGACACCGCCUCGGAAAUGUCGACCUUGGCGCAGGGAAUAGAAAACGCCAUUGAGCAGUACGGUAUUGUGAAACACGCAAAAUUUGGCGACAUUUACGCUUACGAAGUCGAUGGUUUCGGCUCUCACAACCUCAUGGAUGAUGCCAACAUCCCCUCCUUGCUAAGCAUCCCUCACAUCGGCUUCAAACCCAGCACCAACCCGGUUUACCGGCGCACUCGCCAGUUCGUGCUCUCCCGCUCCAACCCAUACUUUGGCUUCGGACCAGUUCUCAACUCCACUGGCGGACCGCACUUGGGUCCCGGGAUGGCAUGGCCGAUGGGCGUCAUCAUGCAGACCAUGACCUCGAGUGAUGACGACGAAAUUGUGCGUGGUAUUAAACAGCUAAUGGGAGCAACAAGCGGACUUGGGCUCAUUCAUGAGUCUGUUAACGUGCACGAUGGUAAUAAGUGGACCCGAUCUUGGUUUGCAUGGGCAAAUGGUCUCUUUGGUCAGAUGAUUCUCGACCUCUUGGACAGAAAGCCACAUCUCCUUGCGAAGAGCUACCAGUAG